CGGUGUUCGCUCUGAACCAGUUAGGUCGUGGGUUUCAUACAGUGUAAACUAAUACAAAUAUUAUUUCAAUGGAGCUUUGUGUCUGGUCGCUGAUUUUAAUUUUGACUUUGAGCAUACGUCUGCAGAGUGGAGGAGUUUUUGCCCAGGAUGAUUCAACAUGCCUAGCGAUGCUCGGAGGCAUUGACAUGACGAAGCACUGCUCGCAGACGAAAUCGAUCAACGGGUCUUUGGUCAUUUCCGUUUCAAGCCAUCAGUACAAGGUCAUACCGAAAUGCCAGAACUGCUCCGUUACCAUUGUUACCGCAGACGACAAUAAUUUGGUCGCCACGCUCUACAAACUUGGGACGGAGAUUUCAAACUCCUCUGCUGCUGAAUGCGAUAUAAACAGACUGGAUAUAUUUGACGGGAAUUCUUCGGAAAUUUCAAAGAUUUUAUCAGAUGAAGUUGGCAUCUGCGGCUGUAAACUUCCCGACAAUACUGUUUUCAAGUCGUCUGGUAACGCCAUCACGGUCCGUCUGCAGACGACAUGCGACCAGACGACACACGGCGAGCUGGAACUGGUAGUUACGUCAGUAAAAAGCGAACUGUUCAACCACACGGACUGCGCGGGCCAGUUCAAGUGCAAAACGAGCGGCGAAUGCGUGGACAAAUAUCUCGUCUGCGACGGAAAAGCCGGCUGCCGCGACGAAUCAGACGAGAACGACUGCAAGAUGAAAAACAUCACGUGCCUCGACAUGUUCACGUGCAAGAGCGGCCAGUGCAUAAACAAAAAUGGCGUAUGCGACGGCAAUGAUCAGUGUCACGACGGAUCCGACGAAAUCGGUUGCCAUAGAAUCAAGGCGAAUCUGGCGAUCAUUUUGCUCGGGGUCGCUGCAAUUAUUUGCCUGAUCAUGCUCUUCAUAACGAUUGCUGUCGGUUGCAAGUUCUACACUGCGCGCAAAUCCGAGUACAAGCAAUUUACAUAG